AAAAUCCAAUAAUUUGUUGAGAAAUGGAAUAUAAAGAAAACGAUUCGGUGCAACUGUUGCGGGCAAUAUACGCAUAAAUCAUAUUCAACAUACUUAGCCGUGAAAUAUAUGAAGGAGUGAAGCAGAAGAAAAAUAGCUAUGUCUAUGAAUAACAACUAUUCCCGAGGCACACCUGCACCAAUAUUCAACCAUCGGAAGAGACCCCGUCAGGCGAUGAUUUCCAAGUCUCCAACGGUUGUGCCGGGAUCAAGUGGAUCAGCAACAGCUCAUCCUCCAGGUUUGAUGCCGGUAGGAGGGUUCGGACAGCAGAUGUCAAGAGGUAACGCGAUGUCCGGGAGAGGAGCUGCCCACGGAAACCAGAUUCCGGCGUACCAACAGACUUUCGGUAGUUUUGCUCAGAACGUCAAUGGAAGAAAUCAGCCAUACCCGACAGGUGGAUCAAAUUCAAGAAGGGGAGGAAUGCCGGGUCCACCUAGGGCAGACCCACAACCGCAAACAAGUCAACAGCGAUUUACUUCAGGUAUUGAUAAUGACAGAAACAAAGCCCCGCAAAACAACACCCAGCAAAACAGAAUAUCUGAUUCUGUGCAAACUUACGCCGCAAAUUCUCAGAGGAACGUGAACAAUUAUAAAUCCCAGGCACGACAUUUUACACAAGGGUCCAGUGUACAGCACGACGAAUGGGAUUCUUCUUUCGAAGCUACACUAGAGCACCCAAAACAUAUCGGUCCAUCAAAAACUGAGGCCAAAACUGCUACUCCAAGUAAGUCGUCCGACUUUGAGAGGUCUACACACUUUCUAACUGCCGACGUGGCUGGUGUUAGACGCUGGAGCAAAUAUAAAGAUAACGUACAAAUUGUGUUUGAGGUUUUCGGUUUCCUUGACUCAGCAAUUGCUCGUGGUAAAGGAAAUUGUAGGGAGUUCCUAGUCAGGGAUGAGAAGAAAGCUGCUUUAAAAUGUGUGUUCUACGAAAUUGAUAGGCAGAUCAAUAAGAUAACCCGGGGACAGUGGAUAAGACUUGUCGGAACCUUUGACAUAGAGGGAGAAUUGUUCCGCACGCUGUCCGUCCGUCCGCGCGUUGAAGGUGAACAGCGUAUUGCCCAGAUGUGUGCGCAGAAAAGUACAGAAGUCAUGGCCAGUCUGACAAGAAAUUUCAGGGAACAAUAAACGUCUUCUCUGUUACUGACGCGUAUUUGGCCAUAGUUAUGUCGUAUACACAUGAACAUUGUUGUUCUUGAAUUUGAUUUACAUCGCUUUUUACAUAUAUCAAUAUUUUAUUCUCAAUCGGUUUUUGUAAAGACAAACGCAGGUUUGAACAGGACGUGUGGCGUUGUUUUGUUGACAUGUUGUUAAUGUGUUAUUGUAUUUGUUCACCCCAUGCUACUGUUCAUUUGUUUAAUGCAGCGAACUCUUAAAUCGCUUUCUUACGAGUAUGAGUAUUUUACUACUGUUGGAAGAUGCGACUCUGCAAUCUAUUUCCUGAUUUAUAACCAUUAUGAGAAAAUCUAAUUCUGAUGAACAUAUGCAACUUGUACCAUCGAUGAUUUGCUAUGGAGCUAAGCUUUGUCACAUAUGUCCGAUGGAAUGUAUACUUGUUUUGGUCUGAAGUCGGUUAAUAUAUAUCAGUUCUGUGUUAUAUCAGUUAUUACAAUUGUUUAAUAUGGACGUUGUUGAUUUAUACAUGUUAUAGAAGUCUGUUCAUACAAAGGAAUAAAAAAAUA